AUGGCCGGCGAUGGCAAAGACAAUGAGCUGCCCAUUGCCAUUGCAGCCCUUGUGAUCGCCAUCGCAGCUCUUAUCGCAGCCACGUUGCAAAUCUUGCAGGCCACCUUCGCGUCGGCUCGAGGGCUUCCAAACUGCAAUGCUGUUGUCAUGGGAGGAUGGUCCAAAGCCACAAAGACCAGGCUCAAGAUCACGCAGCUGCGCCUCGUGGUCAAGUUCGAGGCGCCUGUGAUUUUUCUUGCCCCUCCGAGAAAUGAGAGCAGACCAGAACCUUCCCUUGAGAUGUGGUCCGCCGAAGGCACGGAGAAGAGUUGUCAGAAGAACCGUCUGGAUUGGGCCAAGCUAUUCAAAGACUUGGGCUCAAAGGCGACCGAGAAAGUGCACACCGUCGAUAUGGAGCUAGCAACAUGGGUUUACCUACUAAUCGCCAUCGAGAAAAUGGAGAAAGACUCGAAGUCUUGGGAACUCGCCAAGUUUCGACAGGAGGGAUUCCCAGGUACCGUCCCAUCUGAUCUACCCGAACCAACCUUGGCGGUCAAAAUCCAAGCAAAGCAGCGCAGUUUCGAUACGAUCCCAGCCAUGAAAAAGCCGUUCGCCACAUCCACAAUAUCUCAUCUGGUUGAGCUCGCCGCGAUACUCGGCAUCUAUUGGAAAGUCUUUGAUCGAGACAACAAUCAGUACCGCGCUGAAGGGAACGGAUACAGCCUUACAGGCUCUCGCAUCGCUGAUCUUGGGAUCCAGUUUGUCUUCGAGAAGACUGGUCACACAGCAUUCGAGGCGAGACGCGUCAUACCAACAUCAGAAGUGAAGGAACUUUGUUUUGGGAGAGUGCCAACAUUGUUCAGAAAAAAGGUGAAUUACGAUGAGGAUGUGGAUUGGCAGAAAGAGCUCAAGACGUCCUCUGGGACGGGAAUCAAAGUCGAGAUUCUGCAGAUGAGCAGCGUCGAGGAGAUUGCGGAGACGCUUACCCAGAUUGGAUGCAACGGUAACACUACGCUCUAUUACACCGACAAAAAGAAACACCGACAUUUAUUUCCAGGUUCGUAG